AAAAACAUAACCUACAUAAACAAAAUGGCCGAUAUAUCUGUUUAUUUCGACGAUUUUUCAAGUAUUUGUCGUAUUUGUUUAAAUAAAGGAAAUAUACAACCGUUCGCCCAAAACUUAUUUACUUUGUAUCUAUAUUUAAUAGAUAGUCAGAUGAAUGAAGAUAAAUUACCUAAACACGUCUGUAUUUAUUGUAAUGCUAAACUUAAAGACUUUUCUGCUUUUAUCGACGAGUGUAAAACAAAAGAACUCAUCUUAAUUAAAAUAUACGAGGAACAAAUUAAUCAAGAAAGUAAUUUAUCAGAUAAUGAAUCAGAUAGGCAAAGUGCGCCAGAAGAGCCCGAUUCUUUAAAAGUUACGCGUCCACGUGCAACAAUUAAGCGCAAAAACAAAAAAAACGAACCCUACGAAUGCAAAAUGUGUAAUAAAAUAUUCUAUGGAAAAUCGUCGUUUGGCAAUCACUCUCGAAUGCAUAAAUAUAAAAAAGAACCGAAAAAAUUUUUGUGUAACUAUUGCGGGAAAAAUUUCAUGAAAAGCUCUCAUUUGGAAAGACACAUUAGAAGUCAUACUGGAAUUAAACCGUUCGAAUGUGGAAACUGCGGUAAAAGUUUUAUCCAAAGCAACGAUUUAAAGAGACAUCUAUUGACGCAUACGAGGGAAAAAAUAUUUCAGUGUAAACAUUGUAAUAAAGGAUUUCAUCAAAAAUCAUGCCUUUCGAAUCAUAUUAUGACACAUACUAAUGAAAAAAACUUUCCCUGCAAUUUUUGCGAUAAAAAAUUCACUAUGAAAACGUAUCUCAACAUACACAUGAGGAUACAUACAGGUCAGAAGUUAUUUCAAUGUACUCAUUGUAACAAACAGUUUCACCAGAAAAGUGGUCUAAAUAACCACAUACUAACCCAUACGGGUGAGAAACCGUUCAAAUGUACCCAAUGUGAUAAAACUUUCAUACAAUCAAAUCAUCUUAAGGAACAUCAGAGAAUCCAUAGUGGAGAAAAACCCUAUAUUUGUUCAUACUGUGGUAAAAAUUUCACUUACAGCAGCACAUUAAAAGUUCACUUACGUCAACAUACAGGGGAAACACCACACGUAUGUUCUUAUUGUGGGAAAGGUUAUAGGGAUUCAAGUAAUUUACGGAGACAUACCAAUAGACAUCAUAAAAAUAUAGAAGAUAGAUGCAAAAAGUGAAUUAUAAUUGAAAUAAAUAUUUUUUUUCACA